UUGACGCUCUGAUUUAUAACUCAGACGCCAACGAUGCUAACUUGCUACCUAGCUAACCGAAUGGGAAAGACUGACGUAGCUAGCACGGACUACACAGGAAAUGAAUCCUUGGAUUGGGACCACAGAUUUUAAGGAUCUUACUGUUUAUGUCACUCACUCUGUCUGGGUCAAAUGGGGCAUGAGCCAUUGCACCAGCCCUGAUUGUGAUUAUUUACUUUGGGUAACAAAGAGAGGGAAUCAAUGAAGAUCAGUGAUCAUUGUGGUUUAAGAUCCGUGAUGAGACUGCCAGCGACUGCAGAAGCCUGAAGACCUGGUAGGCGUGCACACACCUCUCUAACGAAGGACAGGAGAAAGCAAGGAAAGUGACUAGACGGUGGGAAGGAAAAAAAAAAAAAAGUGAAUUAUGUCUCACUAUAACAGAGAACUGGUUGUAUUUUAUUUAAAGUAUAAACUCUCUCAGAGGAACCUCCCCUGUAAUCACAUUGGACUGACAGAGGAAACAGAGCGGACUGAGGGGGGGUCAGCGGCAGGGGAGAACGGGGAAGGAGCUGUGGAGACCACAACGACUUUGGUGAACGGCUCUGCUAAUGGAACAAGUCCUAGCUCAACAGGAACCCCGCCACGAUCUCCAACUUUGUCCCCUCAGAGACAGACUAAUGGUAGCGGGGGACUGGACGCCGUGAAAGAGGCUCUCCGGGAUUCUGCCAACGAGUUUGAGCUGCGUUAUGCUCGGGCAUUUAGUGACCUCUCUUCGCAAUUGCACAUCACGCCCGCCACGGCGUACCAGAGCUUCGAGAGCGUCAUGGACGAGGUGUUCCGAGACGGCGUGAACUGGGGCCGCGUUGUGGGCCUGUUUGCUUUCGGAGGGGCGCUGUGCGUCGAGUGUGUUGAAAAGGAGAUGAGUCCCUUAGUGGGACGCAUUGCAGACUGGAUGACCUUCUACCUGGACAACCACAUCCAACCCUGGAUCCAGAGUCAAGGCGGAUGGGAACGUUUUGCAGAGAUCUUCGGGCAGGACGCAGCUGCAGAGAACAGGAGAUCUCAAGAAAGCUUCAAAAAGUGGCUACUCGCUGGGAUGACCUUGUUCACAGGGGUCGUGGUGGGGUCACUCAUCGCUCAGAAACGUCUGUGAGGAAACAGGAUUACUGAAAAUACAGCAUCUAUCCUAAGCCACCCCACCCAAUGUAAACCUCUGCCAAACAUGAAGGAACUUGUGUUUAUUUUGAUUUUUUUUUUUUUUUUUUGCCAAUUCUUGUCAUGUUUACAUCCCUGCGUCCCCCUAAUGCAUCGAGGACUCGCUGACUAGUGCUGAGGCAUACUUGUGACAUCAUGUUUCAUGACACGGGAUUGGAAUAAGGGGACUUUGUGUUGAGCUUAUCUAAACAGAGUCUAUUCGCUAAUGCUUCUCAGUUCAAAAUGACCCCUAACAGCAUCCUUCAUCAACAUCCAUCUUUAUAAAAAGAAAGACAAAAAAAUUCAUCGUCCCCCAAAGAAAAAAAAAAGACAUUUGGACCAAAUUUGUUCUAUUUAAAGCCCCACUUUUUGUAAAUGUUUUAGUGAGUUAUUGUUUACAGGUCUUUGUUGUUUUAAUCCUCUUUUCUAAUUAUCCAAAGGUGAUAAUUGAGUAAUGAAGAAACAAACAUUUUAGGAUUAAAAAAAAAAAAUUCCUCAAGUAAGCCACCCACCCACUGUUGGUCUCUGAUUCAGAUGUUUGAAUGGGAGUUGCAGAAUAGGUAGAAAUGCAUGUUACAUGUGUGACAUUUGUCACAUCAGAUGUGUGAAGGAGAACCAGCCGGAUGGCACUGUAGGGUUUCCACCAUCACAACCAGAGGAAAGCAGGAAGGAGUGAAUUAACACCCCUGACUGUACCUUUCAGUACAGUUGAAAUACCUGCUUUUUUCAGUCCCACAGGCAGAACAUCCACGUAGUUUAAAGAGGUCGUCCAGUCAGAGGUUAUCCAAUCAGAAGUGGGUUUUUUCUGGAAGGAACAGAUAAGUCAGUCUUAGUUCUUUUUGCAAGUUUUGUUCAUUUCAUCAGCUUGAUGAAGUGUUUGAUUGGCGUGAAGUUUGCUCACGCGCACAUAACAGUUUAACAUGGUUGAGACUCCGAGACUGUCGCAGCAUCAAGGACCAACUGAGACAUCUGUUCAGAUAUGGGUGCACACAGGUUCAAUUUCUGUAUGUUUGUUUGUAUUUUAAAGAACUAUUAAACCUAAGUUUCAGUUCUGUGUGUAGUGCCACAGAUAGCAUUUUUCUCUACUCCUGAGUAUUGUUAUUUAAAAAUAAAUAAAUAAAUAAAAAAUCCAGACAUAAUGAGGAACUGAGGGAUCUGAAUAGCUCGCACGUAACCCUUUUCUCAAUAACCUUCUUCAUUUUUUGACACUUCACUGUGUACAAAAAAAUGUAAUCUUCAUUUUACAAACAGACAAUAGAUUACACAUUACCAUGGGAGUACCAGGAUGUUUUGUGUGGUCCUAGGAGAUAACAAAGUGAUCCCUGGCCAACCAAUGCUGUUGCCACAAGUAGAGACACUCUGUAGACCCUUGUUUUGUCCUGGUGUAAUAAACAUAUCUUGGAAAUGUAUCAUGUUGAAUACCAAACCAACUUGCAAAAGA